AUAAUCUCUAAUUUCUCUCUCUUUUCUCUCUCUCUCUCUCACACACACACGCAAACCAACAAGAAGAAGAAAAUUCCAUUCCGGAAUCCAAAACAAUCAAUGUGAUCAUCUUUUGGACUGUUAUAAGAAGUUAGAAAAAUGGACGGAGAAGAUAGGCCGAGGACGAUGUGGAGAAACUUGAAGCAACGGUUAGGAUUCACCGGACUGGUUUGCUGUGGAUCCUCUUGGAACUUGAGAGUAUCAGACGUGACGAUGAGAGGAGAAGAAGAAGAAGAAGAAGAGGCCCAACAAUUUGAAGCCCAAUUAUUCGGUGAAGAAGAGCCCAUAAUCGGGGACCAUCAAGGGAACGUGAACCUCGCUACAGCGUUGGCAGCGGAACGUCAGUACCGGAGCGUGAAUGCCACGGCGGAAUUGAAGACGUUGAUGAGAUUGUUUGAGGAAACGGACGGCAGAGAUGAGAAGAACAAGAAGAAGAGUCUGAAAUGGUACAUUAAAGAAGAAGGAAGAGGAGGAAUUGAUGAAAUGUGCUGCGUGUGCAUGGAGAGAAAUAAAGGCGCAGCGUUUAUCCCCUGUGGACAUACAUAUUGUAGGGUUUGUUCAAGAGAAUUGUGGAUGAAGAGAGGCUCUUGCCCUCUUUGUAAUUGUUCCAUUGAUGAGAUUCUCAAUAUUUUCUAAGAUCACAUGAAUUUUUUUCGCUUUUUUCAUCAACUCCAUAAAAUUUUGUAGUUACAUUAACUGUACUGACAUUUCAUACUUUAAAACAAGUCAUGAAGAACUCAGUCAAGUGAUUUGUGU